UUUGAUGAUGCUGAUCCUAGAUGUUCAUGUUGAUGUCUCCCCCAAAGCUCAAAGCUUAAAUUGGCCAAAGUAGAUGGCUUUGUGGCCAAGACAGGUCAUAGCCAUAGCCAUGGGAUCUGGGAACAUUCCAGGCUUUGCCGGGGCCAGUUGAUCGUUGACGCUUUCAACAGGAUGUUUGGGGUGAAUUGGGUGACAGGUCCACUCCAGCCAACACAAGAUGCUGUCCGCACUUAUGACCUGUCCGCACAAGGUUUGCCGAGAAACAGUGGAAAAACUGAUGAGACCUUAGGACCUAGGAGAGGAGCUUAUGAAAUGCUCAUGAGGUCAUUCUUUGGGUCACAGAGACACCCCCGCGGAUGUUGCUCAUGGCGGAAAAAAAAAACAAAAAACAGACGGCACAGGGUGCGGUGCAGAUGUUGGGUCACACGGUGUUUGUUUCUGGAGUGUUUUGAGCCGAAAGACAUUGGUUCAAGCCAUGACAGAUUCCAGUCCUCAAGUGCAGCCCAUGACGACCCCACCUCAGCUGGGCUCUCGAGUCAUCUCCUUGGGCGAAAGUGAGGAGCGCGUGAUGAGCCCCGUGUUCGUGGAGCCAGUGCAGAUGCAUUGCACAGGCGAUAAGGUGGUGAAGGCCACGGCCAAGUCCACCCGGAGGCUCACGAAGAUUGCUGGCCUCGCGCUGUUCGUGAUCAUCUUCCUCUUUUCCUUUCUUGGAUGGCCCAGCAAUGUCAUUGAGGAUGAGACGAUCCACAAAAAGAUUCUGGCAGUGCUCUUCUUGACCGGGAUCCUCAUGGUAGCGCUAGAGGAUGUGCUGAGACUGGACAAGAGUGCGAUCAUGUUGGUCCUAUCCUCCGUGAUGUGGACCUAUCACGCGGCUUCGCGGCACCCGACGCACUCCUUGGAGGGCCAUGAGACCUUCGACCUGGAGCUGGGCAAGGGAUUGGAGGACGUGGGGAAGGUGAUCCUAUUCCUUCUGCCAGCCAUGUGCUUAGUGGAAUCCAUUGAUCACAUGAAGGGCUUCGCAGUGGUCACGCGCUUCAUAGUGCGAUGCACCAGAGAGAAGCCUGGACGCUUGAUGCCCAUCGUUUGCGUUUUGGCCUUCUUCUUGAGUUCAGUCAUCGACAACUUGACCGCCACCAUUGUUUGCAUCAAAAUCCUUCAGAGAGUGGUGCCACACAACCAGGACUGGCGCCAUUCCUGUGGAGGCUUGGUGGUCGUCGCAGCCAAUGCAGGUGGAGCAUGGAGUCCGAUUGGUGACGUGACGACCACCAUGCUUUGGGUGCAGCAGAAGAUCUCGACCGCAGGCAUUGUGGUGUGGCUCUUCUUGCCUUCCUUUGUGGCUGGAGUGGUGCCUCUCUUCGGCAUUUGGUGGCAGGCCAAACGUUGCGCACCGAAACACGAAGGGGAAGCACCGCCGAUCAACCCACCAGUGGCCAGCAGGAAUAGCAAGAUUGUGCUCUCAGUGGGCAUUCUAUGCAUCCUUAUGGUGCCGGUGGUGAAGAUGGUCACCGGGUUACCGCCCUACCUCGGAAUGAUGAUGGCCUUGGGUGUUUUCUGGCUGGUGUCAGAGAUCGGCGACUUGGCGUCGGGCGAGGAGGAGGAUGAGGAGACUGGUCGGUUGGACGAGGUGGUCCCGGUCAAGGAGGGCGUCCCUGCAGCGUUGAGGAACGUCGACCUGAGCAGCUUGCUGUUCUUCACAGGUGUGCUCAUGGGCGUAUCAGCCUUGGAGUCGGCUGAGGUGUUGGCGAACUAUUCGGAGUUCAUGCGACGAGUCACCAAGGGCAGCGACAUGCUCCUGGCAGUGCUCAUAGGUGUGAGCUCGGCAGUGGUGGACAAUGUGCCACUGGUGCAGGCGUCCAUCGAGAUGUUUGACGACAACAUGGACAGCCCCCUUUGGCAGCUAUUGAGCGCUGGCACAGGCGGCUCGAUGUUGGCUGUGGGAAGCGUCGCAGGUGUGACCCUCAUGGGCUUGGAGAAGGUGGGCUUCCUGUGGUACAUGAAGAGGAUCUCCCCAUGGGCUGCACUUGGCUUUAUUUUGGGCCUGGUCACUUACCAGCUCCAACGGAUGAUCGCAUCUGGAACGCUGAGCUGAAAGCUGAGGGAACGGCAUGGUGGCCAAAUCCCAUAUAUUUUAUAAUUUAUUCUUCCCAGGUGGAUCCGGUAGUCAUUUAGAUUUGGAGGGUUCGGAGGUUGGGGC